GGGCGAAGCUAAACCAGCAGUAUCUCGGGUGAAGUUUGGAUGCUGCCGGCAGACCAGCUGCACCUGGGGAGCAGAGGCAGCGCUCAAGAUUGGCUAUAUUAGAGGAUGUCAGUUUAAUUGUGUACUUUCUCUUUGAGGCUGACAGCUGAAGAUGGCAGAACCUGAGAGCACAGUCAUAAACACCGAUGUGAAACAGAAAGACCCCAAAGAGGCCCUGGUCGUUGCAGUGACCGCCAGAGCCAUCUUUGACCUGGAGGAGGAGCACAAGCUCUACCUGGAGAAGGGCAAGGAGGAGUAUGCAAGGCAUCAGCAAGCCAACCAGGACAAUCCCCUGCCACCAGGCACAGCCUUCAUCUUCAUUCAGGCAGUGCAGUAUGUGAACAGGAUGAUACUGGAGAGCAACCCAGAAGAGAAGGAACUCUUUGACAUCGUGGUGUUCUCCAACAACAGCCCUGAGAGCGGUGUGCGCAUCGUCAACAGUGCCAAGUUCUAUGGCCUCGAGAUCUCCAAGUUCUACUUUGUCAGCGAUGAGGACUCCACGCAGUACCUGAAGCCUCACGGAGUCAAGCUCUUCCUCUCAGCUGACAGGACAGAUGUCUUGAAUGCCCUCCAGAGAGGAGUCUCGGCAGCGCAAGUCUUCCAGCAGGACAUCCAGGGCCCCAGCAUCCCACUGCGUGUGGCGUUCGAUGGUGACGCUGUGCUCUUCUCUGACGAGACAGACCAGGUCUUCCGGGAGCAAGGGCUGGAGGGGGCCAAGCAGUAUGAGCGGGCGAUGGAGGCUGUGCCCAUGGGAGAGGGUCCCCUGAAGGCUUUUGCCAUGCACCUUGGGAAGAUGCGGCAGAAGUUCCGCCAGGAAGACUCGCCCAUCCGCACGUACCUAGUGACUGCCCGCAGUGGCCGGGACAUGGGCACCAGGGCCCUCAAGACGAUCCGGGAGUGGGGCUUGGACAUCGAUGAGGCUUUCUUCAUGGAUGGGGCUCCCAAGGGCCCCAUCCUCGCCCAGAUCCAGCCCCACAUUUUCUUUGAUGAUGGGCUCCAUAAUAUCCAGGGGGCUCAAAAUGUGGGUGUACCCUCUGCCUGGGUCCCCUCCUGCUGCUGAUGGGCUGCCAGCAGACCAGCAGUCCCCUCUUCCAGCAGCACAGGGGACUGAGCCAGUUGAAGGCAAACCUUCUGGUGAAGUGGGAAGGACUUCCUAACCUGCAGCAAGCUAACCUCAGGGAAAGAAGGUGAGAGCAUUGCAUGAGAGCACAGACCACCAGGCAAGACUUGAUGUUCAUUUCUGCUCCCAAUAAGAGGCCCUUUAGAUCUUAGGAUAAAGCCAAAAGAUGCAACCGCUCCAGGAAGGAAGGAUACGUUUGCUGUGACACCAAGGACUACCACCUAUCUGCUCUGUAGGUUCUGGAGACUUUUCAGUUCUGUCAAGAAAUAAAUAAAGCUAUUGCCUUACACAUGAGCUAAAAGAAGCAUGAAUCCUGGCACCAAAAAUGCUGGCUUUGUCUGUGCUCAACCUCUGUCCCAGGGAAGUUCUCAAGGUGCUGCCUCACCAGACACACUCCGCUUGGCUUCCUGAGGAGGCUGAUACGCUAGCAAGUCCUUCAGGCACCUCCAAACUCAGCAGAGGGAGAAAGACUUCAAAGCUAUGAAGGACCUACAAACCUUUUAAAAAUACAUGAUCAGGUUGAAAAAAGAAAAUCGAAGCUGUUCCCCCUUAUAGAAGAGAAUGGAGCACAAGUCACCUCUUUCUCAGUAUGCAGGCUGCUCACAGGGUCCAUAGGAGGGAGGCCCAGAGCCAUAGGGCACAGCUUCUGGAGCUGCAGCCCAGUUUCGAAGUCAGGCAGAGCUGCCACACAGUUCCGACGUCCUACCAGGAGAGGGCACUGGAGCUGGGCUGCCGGCAGCACCAGCCAGGCAGGGGCCCGGGCAGGACCGGCUGCCCGCCCCUGAGCUUAAAUGGGUCGCAGGGCCUUGGCUGGGGCUCCCAGAUGUCGCUGCUCAGGGCUGAUGGAGCCCAUGCAUGUGCUCAGGACCCUGCCUGGCACCAAGCCACCCUCCCCACACAGGGAUAUCUCUCCUCUGGCAAUGUGGACUCUGCUCCUAACUUUCCUGCAGAGUGAGCAGCCCCCCAGGAUUCACUGGCAGGUUUCUUUCCCCAGGUAACAGUUCCUACUAGAGGACACUGUGUUGCCCGGGGACACCCCAAAUCCCUGGGAGCUCCCCAGAACAGUAUCAUAAAAAAAACCAAUUGGCUGCUCAGGGCAAUGCUUGCUGGGUGACAGCAGGAUUACGGAUGGAGGAGGUAAAGAUGGCUGUGGCUUAGGGGUUUUAAAUCUCAGUGUAAUCAGAAAGUAUUUUUUAAAAGGUUUCUCAAGCAUCACUCUCAGCACUGCUUUU